GGAACAAUAAUCAUGCACCAAUUAUUAUAACUCGGAAAAAGAAGAGAGGCCAGCCAGGUGAAAGAAGAAUAGAGAGACAAUGGAGUACUACUCCGAUGAGAGUGAUAUGCCAGUGAGCCCCAACGGACAAUACUUCAACAGCUCGGUGUUAUCAUUCUGUAUUCUGGGUGUUUGGGAAUUGGAAAUUCCAUUUGAUGACUCACAAUCAUUGACCUUGCUCAAGAAUCUCAUCCUCCCCAUCAAUCCACGCUUUUCCUCCGUCAUGGUUGGAGACAGGAAGGGAGCCCAAAAAUGGAAAAGGGUGGAAGUGAAGCUAGAAGACCAUAUCAACAUCCCUUCUUUCCCUGCCGGAAUGUCGCCAGAAUUUUACGACGAAUACUUUAAUGACUACUUUUCAAAAAUAUCCUUAGAUCGAUUCCCGCAAAACAAACCGUUAUGGGAAGUUCACAUAAUCAAAUACCCUACUAGCAAUGCAGCCGGACACAUAAUUUUUAAGCUUCACCAUGCCCUCGGCGACGGUUACUCUCUAAUGGGAGCUCUUCUUUCUUGCUUACAAAGAGCUGACAAUCCUUCUCUCCCCUUAACAUUUCCUUCUCGUGAAUCUAGCUCGAGAAGAGAUGAAAAAAAUAAUGGGAUUUUUAGGGGUUUGGGUCAUGUUUUCGCUGGCGUUACGAAUACUGUAUUGGAUUUUGGUUCGACCUUUGUCAAAGAUGGGCGAACACCGAUCCGGUCCGGUGAAGAUGGAGUGGAGUUCCGGCCCAACAUAAUAACUACCUUAACGUUUUCUCUUGAUCGCGUCAAACAAAUCAAAGUCAAGCUUGGAGCUACGAUAAACGACGUAAUUACGGGGAUAAUCUUCUUGGGAACUCGAUUGUACAUGCAACAAUCAUCAACCAAGGAUGAUCACGAUAAUCAGCAGCAGGGGAACACAAAUGCCACUGCACUGGUGGUGCUAAACACCAGAGCCCUUCGUGGGUACACGACAAUUGAAGAGAUGGUGAAACCCAAGUCCGAGAUGCCAUGGGGAAACCGCUUCACCUUCUUGCACGUCUCCAUACCUAAGUUAACUGGUGGUGCUACUAAUGAUCAUGCUAAUUUAAACCCACUUAGAUUUGUGAAGAAAGCACAUUCGAUCAUCAAGAGGAAAAGAAACUCUGCUGUUGUUUAUCUCACUGGUUGGAUACUGGAAAUUUUGAGGAAGUUUAGAGGCCCUGAGGUUGCAGCUCAGUACUUUUACAACACGAUGAAGAACUCGAGCAUAGCAAUGUCGAAUUUGAUUGGGCCAGUUGAGAAAAUGGCUUUUGGCAAACACCCCAUUAAAGGAUUAUAUUUUACAUUUAUCGGCAGUCCAAAGAAUCUAGCAAUAACAAUUAUGAGCUAUAUAGGCGAGUUGAGAAUCACCAUCCGGAUGGAAAAGGGCUUCAUGGAUCCACAAAAAUUCAAUUCAUGCAUUCAGAAGGCCUUUGACAUGAUAUUUGAGGCGGCCGUCCAAAAUACUCUACCACCAAAUUCACAGGAUGUUUGAUACAAUCAAACUUUGUGGGAAUAAACCUGGAAUAAAAAAAAGAUGGGAUUGUGUUUUGGUCUUGUGUUUUUUUGGUUUGGUUUGUAUCCUUGUUUUUCUGAUUUGGAGGUGUGUUGUCUGGUGUUAGGUGUCUAGUCUUUGAUGUUGGAAUAAUCUGUCCUGUGUUUUUUGUGGUUUGGUUUGUAUCCUUGUUAUCCUGAUUUGAAGGUGUGUUGUCUGGUGUUGGAUGUCUAGUCAUUAUUGUUGGAAUAAUCUGUUACUUUAGGUGAUAAAACCAAUAAAAUGAGUGCAAUAAAAUUAAUACUCAAAA